AGGCUCGAGAGUGCCAGUGGACGCUGUGCCGCCGCCGCUCUCAGGCCGCCUCGCCACAGCGACCUUCGCGGGGCCUCUGCUGACGUGACAAGCGGCGUGCUGUGAUCUGAAGUGUGCGUGCAGUGUGUUGUGUGCCGGGAGCGGAGCGGCGGCAUGGACAAGGCAAAGGAGUGGCUCACCACGCUCACUGCUCACCUGCCCGAGUGGUGUGCUGAGUGGAUACCCGACGUUGACCAGUGGCAGUGGCAGCAGUGGCACCCGGCCGACCUGUGGCAGUGGGCACGCACGAGGGAGUGGCGCGUGCCCGAACUGCCGCGGUGGGGCGAGGACGGGACGCUUGUGCCGGAGUGGAUCUUUCCUUCAUAUUGGCGGAAGCGUGUGCGGGAGGCAGUGCUCUGGGUAUGGCUAAUCUUUAUCACCUUCUUGGCUGCUCGCGAGGAGCAAACACAGCGGGAAGUGGAAGGAUCUCAGCUGGAGAACGACUCAGGUGCCGCCGCACACGCCGACGACCAGCGACAGAAAGUCCCUUCAGUGCCUGAAGAGGGAGAAGAGGAGGAAGAUGACGAGGAGACCGGGGCUUGGCGUGGUGGGCUGGAGAGACCAGGUGGGCUGACGCGCUACCCUGGCAUUGAGAACUUGUUGGCACAACCCCCAACAGCCACCCCGCCCCCGCCCCGCCACCGUCCCCCGCCGCCUGUAACCGCGACGCAAGUCAGCAACAAACAAAUCCUUCUUAAGCCUGACGAAACUCAGUCGAGGAAGAAUGAGUCACGCGAGGGAGGGAGCGAGGAGCCUGGGGAGAAGAACCAUCAGGACGAGGUGUGGAAGACAUUGCUGGCCAAGUAUGGCACCGAGGAGUGCGUCAGGGAGACCGAUAAGGCCGCGGAGGAGGACGACGAAGAGGAAGUUCCGGAAUACGUGGGCACUGCGGAAGAGAUUGUGGAGCGUUACUCCGCCAAGUUUGAGGAGCCUCGGCAGGAUAUGUCGCCUGAGGAGGAAUUUUCCGCCAAAGUCGGUCGUCGCCUCGAAGAAUAUUUGCAGCGUCUGGAUGAGGACGAUGAAGAGUCCAGUCAAGCGAAAGAAGUUGAGCAGAAGACGAAAGAAGUCGAACAAACAGAAAAGGAAGUGGAAGAAACUGGAGACGCAGCCGAAACUGAGGAGGCGAGAGACAUCGAGGACGGCGGUGAGCGGCUCGAGGGAAUCACGUCCAAUGGUAACGAGAAUCGAAUCUUUAUUGUAAUCGAGGACGAGGAAAGUGAGGACGACCGCCGCAAUCUGAAUGACAUUUCCGAAGGUUCCGAAAUAAGUCAGGCUCUAGAGACUCAGGACGCCGAGCUGAAGGAUGAAGGUCAAUUAGAAGAGGAGAUCAAGGAACCCUCCAGCCAGCAAAAUGGUUUGUCCUGCGAAGCAGAACCUCAGGAAGAGGCAGUAAUGGAAACUGUACCUGAGGCCUCAGGGAAAGUGGACGACCGCGAGGAGAUUGUUGAGCACGCAGCUGAUACCGUGCAGCCUGAGACACCCCAUGAUGCUGCCGAGGGAAUGAAGGCCGAACUCAAGGACGACACAAUUAAUAUGACUGAAGAACAACCAAGCGAUGCUACGCUGGAAGAAAAAGGAAAGGAAACGAAGGAAGAAUACACGAAAGAGGUGGUAGAAAAAACACCAGAGACAGCAACAACAUAUGUUGCUGAAGACCAGACAGAAGAAAGCAUCAAACUGUCAUCUGGAGAGGAAGUUAAAUUAGAGGAAGACGCAGAAAUCACAUCCAUAGAACCACCCAAAGAGCAAGACGAGAUGGCUGAACAGGAGUCCACAAAACAGACGUCACCUCAGCCACCUGAAGAGGUUAAGCAAGAAGAGGUGCAAACCCUGGCAGCAGCGGAGGAGGGCUCUGAGAGACAUGACAACGUCAGUGAAGAUGUCAUAAUGAAAGAACAAGACUCAAUUGAAUCAGAAGCGCUGGCAACACGCCAUGAAACACAGGAGGAAACGACAGAGGAAGAUAAAGUUGUGGAGGAAGAAGAGGAGGAAAAAUAUAAACAGAUAAAAGAGGACGAGACAAUAAAGGAUGAAGGAAAAGAGACACUGGAAAUCAAAGUGGCAACAGAUGUGUCUGCAGAAGAAAACAAAGUAGUGGAGGAGCAAGAAACAGCAAACAAGGACGCAAGGGAAGAUGAGAAGGUCUUGGAGACAGAGGUUUUCGUGAAGCUGCCAGAGGAUGUGAAGAAAGAGGCCGUGGAGGAGGAGAAGAAACACCAAGUUGAGGCAGGAGUCACUGAAGACGAAGAAAGGGAACUCCCAACAGACAAAGCUGCAGAAGUGGCCGCCACGGAGCCUCCUGCCGCUGUGGAGGAAAUACAGGUGGACGAGGAAACUCACUUCGAGGACGGCAAGGCAGAGGAGAGCAAAGAUGAGGCCAUGGUGGUGGAGGAGCACAUGGAGGACGAAGAGGUGCCCGUGGCGAGUGUGGAAGGUUGGACGCAGGAUGUGUGGGGCACGCUGGGACAGGCCCCUGGGGAGGCUGCGCCACUGGCACCCCCGGCUUCCAUCGAUAUGAUGGAGGAGGACACGGAAGAUGUGAUGGAGGUGGAUGUGGAGGAGGAGGUCGGGGAGACAAUGGAGGAGGACCUUGAGGUGUUUGUGGAUGACGUGGAUUUGAGGGAGUUGCCUGAGAGCCCCGUGCCUCUGCCCACCGUGCCCGAGGAGGAGGACCACCUGGCGGAGGUGCAGGACUUGCUGGUUCGGCCGCCGCCACGCAAACACAGGCGUCGUCACCGCCAGGAGGAGGAGCACGCGGACACGAAGGGCAUGAGUGAGGCGGCAGCAGUGGCCGAUCCCAGUCUUGCCAAGUACAUGACCAUGCCCCCUGCCCUCUCGCCCGAGGAGGAAGAGGAGCUGCGCAAGUACCUCGCCGAGAGCGGAGACGCGAAGGAUCUCUCUGUCGACAAGUUCAUGUCAAUGCCGACAGAGCUGACGGAGCAGGAGCAGAAGGAACUGGAGGAAGCCGUGCGUGAACGGGAGCGCGUGCGGCAGGCCGAAAGUGCUGGUCUGGACCGCUUCCUCAACAUGCCAGUGGGCCUGACGGAGCAAGAGAUCCACGAACUUAAGGAUCUGGAGAGGGAGAAGGAGGAGGCGGCGGUGCAGCCUUGGGAGCGCGGGGACGUGGGUUUUGAGGAUUACUUGUCCAUGCCGCACACCCUGACGGAGGAGGAGGAGAGGAUGCUGCAGGAGGGCGAGGAGGAUGAAGAGGAGAGGCAGUUCGCGAGUGAAGAGGAGUACAGGGAAUACGUCAAGAACAAGUUCCUGAGUCAACUAGAGGAAGACGCUCUCCGCAUGGCCGAGGAAGACUACGACUAUGACGAGGACUACGAUGAUGACUACGAGUAUGAGGAUGAUGAAGAGUACGAGGACGAGGAAGAGGUCGAGGAUGAGGACGAGGGAGAGAUGGAGGGCGAGUAUGUGAUGGUGUCUGACCUUGCGGCUGCCUCUAAUCUGCCUCAGGCCGCCGCUGCCUCCACCGCCGCUGUCCCCGCCGCCACUGCACCCGCCGCCGCCACGGCCGCCCCUGCCAAGAUGGUGGACGAGGCGGUCAACACUGAACUGAACGAUCCUAAAGAAGAUGCCAAGUCCAAGAAGAAACCUUUCCCCUUCCCCAAGAAGAGCGACAGAGAGACAACUCCUGAAGACAGCAAUUCAGCCGCACAGAAGAAGUUUUUUCACUUCGGAAGCCUUGGAACCAAAAGGAAAAAGGAAACACCUGAUUUUCUGGACAAGAAGUACUUAGGUAACCCUAACGGAAGAAAAUUUGACGGCGGUGGUGGUGGAGGUUCUCUCAGUGCCGCCUUCUGCACCGUGGGGGAUCAAGUGACCCGAGCGGUGCUGCAGAAGGUCAAGGGCCAGAUCAGGCAAGGGAAAGCAACAAAAGAGGUUGGCCUGAGGAAGGACUUUGCUGGGGUAUCGGAGAGUGGAGGCGUUGGCUCACCAAAAACUUCCCGCGGCUUUACCAGACUGUACUUGAAGCCAGAUCAGAGUGAUUCGGGAGCUGGAGACGAAGAGACUCCACUCAGCAAUCCAGCAGAACACUUGAACUCCAAGAAUGAACUAGAACACGUCUUUGCUAAAAUAAUUAAGUCUUACAAGUCACCCAACGACCAGACUACGCAGGGCUCAAAACCCAAUCACAGUGACAAUGUGACUAAAAGUGAAAUGAACGAGGCUAAACGAACACUGGACGCCAUUGAGCAGACACAGGAGGAAGACGCGACCAGAGUGUUCAUCAAGGAUGCCGAGAAGGACCUCAUGAGUUCUCCUAUUCUUGACAUCAUUAUGGAGGAGGAGGAAGAAGAAAUGGACGCUGAAGUGGCCCUUGUGUUCACGCAUGAGCGGGAGGUGGCGAAAGCUGGCGGGGAUGAGGAAGACUUUUGGCUGAGGUGGAGCAACGAAGAGCGAGCAUGUGUCUCCGCUGCGAGGGACUGCUGCUCCCCCUGGCAGUUGGCGGAGGGCGCAGACACUGACAGAGAAGACAAUGAGGAAGCAGUGCGUUGGAGUGAAGAGAAGGAGGGAAGCAGCCAGACAGGAGUGAAAGUGACGGUGAAUAAUGAGGAAAAUGACAAGACGAACAGGAAUGAGGAAGAGAAGGAUGAGGAAGUUAUGGGCAGAAAAUAUAAACAGGAAACAAUCAGAGAAAAGAAAGCAGAGGAAACACAAAGAGGGUCCGCCAUGGCCAACGUGGAGACAACGGACGCCGCCGUAAGUAACGCCCAACUGGAGGCUGACUCACUCGAGUUUGGUGUCAACACUAACCUGUCCGUGAUGGACGACAGUGCCUCCCCCAAGGGCGCUUCCCCCUCCCUCCAGGAACUGAUCGAGGCUGAACUCAAUGUUCGUCUGUGUCAGCCUGACUCCCUGGAACCCCCCUCCCCCGACCCUUCCUCCCUCCUCAGCUGUGACUCUAUCGAGCCCACGCCCCCCACCCUCAUUCCCGCCCUAACCCCCGCCAAGGCCCCUACCACCGCCACGCCCACGGGGCUCACCCUAGACUCCUUGCUGGACCUGGACUCCCUCCAGGACCCCGCGGGCAUGGCCGACACGGAGAGCGGCAUCGACGUGCUCUCGCCCACAAAGCUGGACGACCUCAGCACCUUGGACAUGGACUCUCUCGAGUCGUCCUCAGACCUCCCGGGGUCGUCUCACUGCUCCCCUGAACCCACCGUCACGCUCACCACCAGAGUAUCGACUGUCGAAGAGAAGGGCACCCACCUGACGAUAGCAGAGGCCGGGGAUCCUCUCCUCCCCAGCAAAAAAUGUGCCUCGUCUCUGGAAGCCGAGGGUGUGCUGCUGGCCCUGCGGGAGGACGACAGCGACGCUGCCAGUCUCGGGGAUCUGCAAGUCGCCCCGCCGUUGCUCAGGAUAUCCGAGUCCAGCCUCACCAUCGCCUCCGAGACCAGGUCAGAGCUGUCACAAGUUUCACAGGAAGUGACAAGGAGUUCCACCCCCGAUUCUCUCACUUCCUUCGAGGGCGGGUCUGCGCCUCAGGACAGCACCGCGCUACAAGACAACGAUGUCCCGCAGGAAAUUACUCAGGACAGUGAUGUGCUGGAGAGUCUCUUGCUACAGAACAGUGUUGUGCCGGACAGUGACUCCAUGCAAGGAACAGUUGAAGUACAAGAAAUUGUCACACUCUCGCACACUGUCGACACUCAACACGAUGAAGAAAGUUCCCCUCUGCUGGACAGUGUGUCACCUUCAGACAGAAAAGUAUCGCAGGAAGACCGUGUUGAUCUUUUGCCCAGUGUCCCGCAGCAGGAGGUGAUCGUCUCACAAGACAGUGCCUCUAACCUGGAUGCUUCCCUGCAACAAGACAAACACACAGAGGCGGUGGCGCCAGGUGACCUGGCCCCUGAGGAAACCAAUUUCUUAACGAGUCCUGAGUCCAGUGAGACCCCGGCCGAGCCCUCCCAUCUCCUCCCAGCCCAUGACCCAGCCUCCCCAUCCUCUCCCCAGAGCCAGGACCGCUCCUCCCCAUCCCCUUCCCCUGCAGGCGCCCUCCCCCUCAAUGGUACUAACAGCGUGUGUGAUGGUGACCUCUCUAACUCUGCCCGUGACGACUGUGGCGACGUUGGUGUGAGUAGUGGGCGUGUUGACACCACCACCCAAGCAGUCAGCAGUAGUGAUGGUGGUGGUGGUGGUGUUGGUGUUAGUGGUCCCGUCACAUCCCUCCAAAAUGGUUCUAAUAUGGAGUCCCAAGUAGAAGACGAGGACGACUUCUGGGGCAGCAAGAACGACGACGACGACAUCUUUGUGCCUCGUCAUCGCUUUGACCCAGUGCAGUGCGACCAGGAGGAAAACGACACCGAGGCCAAGGAGGAGCAGAAAGCGGAGGAGAUGGAGCAGGAGGAGGAGGAGGAGGAGGAAGGAAAUAACUUCUUUGGCUCAGACGACGAUGAUAAGGGCGCCAAGGGGCUGAGGUUCAAAAAGAGGACGACGACAACAACCAGGACGGAGAACGGCAUCGGAGGCAUUGAGAAGAAAAAGGAGGUCGUAGAGCAAGUGGAGAAGAAGAAACAGAUCGAAGAAUCCGGCGGGAAGAAGAUUGAAGUGACCACCGAGAAGAAGAAGGUUGAAGUAAGAGAAGAAAGGAAAAAGGCCGAUAUAAAGGAGGAGAAGAAAAAGGAAGUGGAAGAAGAGAAGAAGAAAGAGGCUAUAGAAGAAGAGGACAAGGAGAACGGCGUUGCAGAGGAUGGUGGCGAAAAGAAGAAAAAGAAGAAGAAGCAUCGAGACAGCGAAGACGGCGAGAGGCUCAGAAAGAAGAAAAAGAAGAAGAGGGACUCAGAGAAGGAAAAUAAGAAGGCAGCGUACCAAAAAAGGGAUGACAUUCUUGAGAAGCACGUGGGGCCUCGAGUCCGCUCUUUCGAUGCCGCCAAAAUGAAGAGCAAGUUUGAAAAGCCCAAGGUGUCCCAGGUGUCCAGCGAGUGCCGGCAGUGCGGGAAGCAGGUGUUCCAGAUGGAGAAGAUCGUGGCGGAGAAGGCGGCCUGGCACAAGAACUGCUUCCGCUGCAAGGAGUGUAACUGCAUCCUGACGCUGGAGACGUACCAGAGUCACGAGGGCGUCCUGUACUGCAAGCCUCACUUCAAGGAGCUCUUCAGGCCUAAGGUGGUGGUGGAGGACCCAGACGAAGCCCGCAAGGAGAGAUUGUUGCGGAGACCCAAACUCAUCGUGCUGGAGAGUCAGCCUCAGGAACUGGCCGAAGGGGUCGUCAGAUCGACCAACAAACCUGACUAUGGCCUGGAGGAUUUAUCCCAUGCCAACCUGAAGCAGAAGUUCAAGAUGUUCGAGCAAAUCUCAACAGAGGAGGAGCGAGUCCCGGACCCUAUCCCUGUGAGGCGCUCGCAGUCCCUCCUCACCAAGGCCGCAAGAUUUAUGCAGUCUGAUGAUGACUACGGCAUUGAGAACUCAGAACUUGGUGAAUAUGAUGAAGAUGAGGAGGACGAGGAUUAUGAGGAGGAUGAGGAAGAGGACGGUGAGGAAGGCGAGGAAGGAGAGGAUGGUAAACUCAACAAGAAGAGUCGGGCGGCAAGCUUCAGUGGCAUGAAGGAUCUGAAGGCCGGUUUUGCACGCAAGAACCGUCAAGAUGAGCUCACCAAGAAGCGAAGGCAGGAGCUGGCAAAGUUCCGACAGAUGCUGUGCGCUGGAAAGAACAUAUCCACAAGGGAAAUAUUUGAGGGUGGCAAUGAGGAUGAGAAGGGUCAACUUCGACGCAAAGAACAGAUUAAGAUUGAAGGUCAAAUUGAUGCUAAGAACCUGAGGGAACGUUUUGAAAAGGGCCUGUCUGUGGUUGAAAGUGACUCAGAAGAAAGCGGCGACAGAAGGGAAGUGGAUAGAGUUUUCAAAGAAGCAGAGACUGCCAGCAAAGCACGCAAUCUCUUCAAGCAAAUAGACAAGACCGUUGCUGAGGGCGGGGAGGUGGUGCUGCGACCAGCCUCCUCAGCUCAGGCCCGGCGGGAGAACAGGUUAUCCCGAGAUGGCAAGCGCAUUCGAAAUUUCACUUCUCAGAUCUUUGAAGAUGAAGAUGAAUCUAAUGAGGAAGAAGGUGAAAGGUCUUCCCUUGCUGAUCGCUUUAAGUUCUUUGCCACGUAUGAAGAACGUGCUAAAGAGGAUGCCAAGAGACGGAAAAAACUAUUCCUCUGCUCAUCGGAUCCAGAUGGAGAGGAUCAGGUUGAUGAAGACCUAGAUAAGACGCAUUUGCCCAAACGUUGCAUGGCAUUUAAUUGUGCGGUGUGCCGGCUUCGGGGCAUCGACAUGGAGGAACUUGAACUUGGCCGAGACCCCAACCUGGUGAAGUGCACAGACAACUAUGAAGACGAGGUGGACUGCCGAGGCACCCGUAAACUGCUGGCCAAGUUCAAGAAGAUGGAGAAGCAGGCAGAGAUUAUUGAUAAAGGUCCUCGCCCCCCAAAGCAGUUUACUCCACCCCCAGAGGGAGAGGAAGACUACGACUCUGACGAAGAAUAUUCUGACGAGGAGUAUUCUGAUGAAGAAGAGGAAGAUAGCGAGGAAGAAGACAGUGAGGAGGAAGAUAGUGAGGAGGAGGAUGGGAAGCCAAAGUAUAAGGAUGAAGUCCUGGAGAUGGUUAAAUCCUCACAGAGUGCCAAAAAGGCAGCUUCCCUGCGUGCCAAAUUUGAGAAGUGGGAGUCUGAGGUGGAGCGUAACAAUGAAUAUAACCAGAGCAUCGAGAGGUACGAGGACGAGGACGAGUGCAUGCCCUCUAUCGACACGGCCCGAAACCUCCGUGCCAUGUUUGAGAACAAGGCUCAGGAGUCAACCCAGCCGGUCGGUCAACGUCCCAAGGUCAAGGUCAACAGAUUUGUGGGUGGUGGGGGUGACAAGUGCAUGUUGUGUGACCACACAGUCUAUGCCAUGGAACGGCUGGAAGUGGCUGGACGGGUGCUCCACAAAAAUUGCUUCAAGUGCUGCAAGUGUAGUACAAAAUUAAGUAUGAACACAUUCUCUAUAGGUGGUGAUGACAUGUACUGUACAACCCACUAUAAGCAGGCGUUUACCGAAAAGGGCACCUAUGAUGUCUUUACCCCAAACAAAGGCAAGUGGACUCGGAAAAUUGAAGCUACCAACUCUGAGUCUUCAAAGAGCCAAGAGUAAAUGCUCUUUAUGAGAGUAAUUAGACAUUCAGAGUAACCAGAGACCUCAUUUUAAUUGUGGAUGAAGCAGAUUGUUAUGCUGUAUAGAUUGUGGUGGUUUGGCACUAACAUGAAGAAUGCAUGAAUGAAAGGAUAUAGUUUUAACACCAUUCAGAUUGUAAUUCUACCUGUCCACAAAUUCAUUUACUAGACUGCUAGCAGCAUACUGAAUACUGAUUAAGGAAACGUACCUGUUAUUGAUUCCAUCACUUAGUCAUAUUCCAUCACUUAGCCCUGAUAUGUGAGAGAACAAGAAGACCUUGGCUUUCAGAACAACACAUUUAAGGCUAAAAUAUAUAGCUAGACUUAAGCCUUCCAGAAAGAGAUGCAAGGCUUUAUAAAAUCCAGAAUAGCAAAGAUAUUCAAGAUGUAUCUGGUAAACAUCACAGUUCAUGAUUAGCAAGUGGAACUAACUGCAUUGAUUCAAGAUCAUCUUAAGCCAAAGUUUGACAUUAAUGAGAAGCAUCACAUGAAAUGUGGCAACAAUGCUUCAUUUUAACACAGGACUGUCAAUCAUUUUGCUUCAGUAGGCAAACCAAGUUCUAUUCAACCAUCCACUUGUACUUGUGCCUAUAGGACAAACUGGUUUGUCCACGAACCACAUAUUAAUAUAUGAGUAUGUACAUGAGCAGCAGGUUGCAAGAUGUGUUAUGCCAGCCCCAAAUAUUGCAGGGAACAGUCUACUUUAUCACCAGUCAAAUGAGGAAACUGGUGUCUAGUCUUAGCUGAAUCAUUAUCCUAAGUUCCAAUGAAGUGUGCUAACCCUUCACCACAGCAUUGUUCACCCCCCACCCCUACUGCUGACAGAUCUGAAAAUGGCCAUCUGAAUCCAUGUUCAGGCUAGUGAGAGAAGCCCAGUCUCUUGGCACUUGUUUUGCAAGUAUUCCAGAGAAAGUUGUCUUAUGUGGCUUCGGUAGCCUGAUGUAGUUUGGACCUGUGGUGCACUGAUACUGUAAUGAUUUAUCACAUAUCAGGUAGGACUGCAGUUGUAUGGUAGUACAGUAGAGUGGUAUGCCACGUAGAACUUGUUUAGUGAGAAGUGUCAUUUGUAUAAGAGUAGAUGUUGGUAAGCAUUGGAUCACAUGGUGUAGACUAGUCAUUGCACUCAGAUAACAGUGUUUCUUAACCACAGUACAAUGUCACCUGCCAGACCCCAAAGCUGACUGGGAGUAUCCUAGAUUCACAUUUAUAAUAAUAUUGAUGACUUGCCCACCACCAUUAUCAUAUAAGUAGAGUUGCCACAGCUUAUGUGGUCACAAGCUCUUAACUUUUUGAUUUCCAAUCUAACUUAUUUAUGCUCAGGAUCACCUGUUAAGGCUCCCUGAGGUGGAGGGUUAAGGGGCUGGCGGGAGGCAAGUGACACGCACCACCACUCCCUGCUAGGGGUCGGUCACACCAGGUCCCUGAUGGCACAAACACCUUCACUCCUGUGAUUCACUCCUCUUGAGUUGUAUGUAAUUUUUUUAUUGUAUUAUUUUAAUUUUUUGUAUGUAUUACAUUUUAUUUGAGUAGAAAUUGUGUUGUCAAAGACAACCAUAUGUUUCGCACAUGUGGUAAUUACUGUACUUUUAGUUUCACUUUUCAUAACAAUGAUAAGAAACUGUCUCACAUGUAGGUUGCAAGUGGUAAGACAUAAAGAUUGCAAGAACUUCACAAACCUUUUUAUCUGGCAAGUCAAAAAGUAAAAACCUCAUUAAGAAUACCUUAAGAAUUCACCCACAAGACAGUGAGAGGUUUAUUAAAUAUAACUUGUAUGUUUUUUUCAAUUGUUAAUUUUUAUCUUAAAUACACAUGCAACCUACAUUUCUGUAGCUACACAGUACAGUAUACACAUUCACAUUAACAUAUUCCAAAUUUUUAGUUAUCAAUGUGAGGAUCAUCCAGUGAAGAAAACACAACUAUAUUCAGUGGCUGGUUCUGGUGGAGUAAUUUUUGCUCUUUAGGGACACAAAUAUAAUACUCGCUCAUUUAUUCAUUAAGUGCCUUUUUUACUGUUGUUUGGUGAAAACAUGCUGCAAAAAUUCUUUUCAUAUUCUCAUCAUAACCUUAAGUUAUUUGCUAAAUACCAAGACUGAUUGGGAAUACAAUGGCUUAAAGUCAAUAGGCCAUAAAUAUCAAUAGAAGACUGAAAUACGUAGAUCAAUGAGUGAGCGAGAGCAUUGCCCAGUCAGUGUCACCAUGUUCCUGAGUCCUCAGGUGACAAACUUGCUACACCAGAGUCCAUGUCACCAAAGUAUAGGGACUCAUCUGUGUGCAUCUUAUUUCAGCAACAUUAUUUUGCCUUGUCUGAUGUAGUUUUAAGCCUCAUGUAGGGAAUGCAUUUUACAUAUCACUCAUUAGUUUUCUCCUUGAUGAUUUUAUCCAAAAUGGGAAGCUAAUUCACCAAGUUGAACAUUAGUUUUGUCUAAUAGAUCACACAGUAUUUAUGUAUUUAUGAUGCUGCUAUUUCAAAGAACACUUAGUUUUCAGACGUGAAAAUUUUAUAGAAUUUUUACAUACAUCAUUACAAAACAGAUCUUUGUGUUUUAUGAACAGGACACACCUAAUUAUCCAGGAUUACCUACUUGUUCUCACAUUAGUGUUACUUAUAUUGUAUAUACUUUGCCUCAAGAGUGUUCCUUGAGAUAAUUAGAUCUUUCAUCUCAUUAGCAUCACAAUGCUAGAAAGAAAAUACAUCCUUGCUACUUUAGGAAGCAAGUGGGUAACAGUUCUGUGUGACUUUUAAUCCAACUGUCCACUCUAAGUUUUCUUGACACAAUGUAAAUGCUAAAAUAAGUUUUAAAUAGGAAUUUCUGAAGAGAAAAUCUGUUGAUCGGCUGGCUGACUAAAAAUUCCUUGUAUGGUGCUACAGCACUGUCAUGAAGUGCCAGUGUGUUCACUGUGCAUGUCUCCUUUUCCUCUCCUCUUAAGCCAUUAGCCACAUUUCAAUGUAUCUUAUGGUACUGUUAACACAGUUUAUGUAUCCUGUGAUUAAUGGCAUUUUUAGCAAACCCUUGGUAUGUACUUGAUCCUACUGACAUCAACUGGAGAUGCUUUGUUUCGAUGAAUUGCAUGUCACGUGUAGAUUCCUUGUUAAUUUUUUAUGUAUUAACUUUGGCUGAAUUCUAAUUUUACUCUUCAAUACCAGAAUGCUAGAGAAGGGAUCAUGCAACAGUUAUCAUAUGACAAAACAUUUCCAUCUUCUAACACAUAAUUUACAUCACACCUUUGUGAAUUUUAUUAACCUUGUUUAUAUCCAUAUCUAAGUCCUAAACGUGUCAAGGGAGAACAGAAAAGUCAGUCAGCCUCAGGAAAAGCUGUGGUGCCAAGGUUUUUGGUGCCUUGCUGUUAUGAUAGGAAAACCAAACAUGUAUGUACAUCACAUUCAGUUUAUAUAAUAACGAGUUAAGUAUUUGCUAUUAAGUACUAUGUAUAUGAUAUUAUUGAUGCACUAUUUACACUUAAUAAAAACAAAGAUGUAA